AUGUCUGACCCCAUCGCCACCCUCAACACGCUGCACGUCGAGUUUGAAGACAGCGGGUCUGAGAUCCCAGCUCUUCGGCGCACUCGCCGUGCUCACGUCUCCCCCGACCUACUGAAGGCGAAGAAGCUUCUCGCCGGAGAUUGGGUUCUGCUGCGAGGUACAGGCUCUCCGAUCGAGGACUCAACUGUUCCCAAGCCCCUCGGAUGGAUCGUGGCCCAGCUAUGGCCAAGAAUUGGACUCGAUGAAGAGAGUGAGUUCUGGUUCCCGGCGGCGGGUUCCAAGGGCAUUCUGAAGAACGUCACAGUCAAGCUUCUCAGCGAGCCGAAACCCUCGAAGGGCAGCGACGAGACUGGCCAGAAGCGCGAGGUCGAAUGGCAGCGUGCAGCUGUCAAGGAGGCUCUAGCUGCUGUCAAGUACGUUGCGCCGGGCUACGUCGUCACCCUAAGCGAUGAGGAGACGCAGUACGUUGUCACCGAGUACGAAGUCUCUGCCAAGGCUGCCGCUGCCCGAGCUGCCACCGCCGGUGCUCUCGCGAAGGAGCUGAAGUCUUUGAACCUGUCGGACAUUCCGGACGUGUACGAGGUCGAGUGGAGGACAAAGGUCUCCCUCGCAUCGGACGGGGAGGGCAAAGCCGGAUCGUCAGGAGCUUCCAAGUCUUCUUCGUACCUGCAGCUCGGUGGACUUGAGCCUCAGAUCAAGCAGGUCAAAGCUCUGCUCGAUUUGCCGCUGAGGAACCCCGAAGUUUUCACCCAGUUUGGCCUAACCCCUCCCCGCGGUCUGCUUCUCCAUGGUCCCCCGGGAACGGGUAAGACUGCGCUCGCUCGUGCGAUCGCCGCCUCGACGCCAGGCUGCAGCUGCAUUGUUGUGAAUGGACCGGAACUCUCGAGCGCCUUCCACGGUGAGACGGAGGAGCGGCUGCGGUCCAUCUUCGAGGAGGCGCGUAAGCGCUCCCCGUGCAUCAUUGUGCUGGACGAGGUGGAUGCGCUGUGUCCCCGCCGAGAUGGCGGAGAGGGUGGCGAGGUCGAACGUCGCGUCGUCGCCAUGCUUCUGACGCUCAUGGACGGCAUGACGUCUGACGCGAAGGAGCACGUCGUUGUCGUGGCCGCGACCAACCGUCCGAACAGCAUCGACCCCGCUCUUCGCCGGCCAGGACGCUUCGAUCGCGAGAUCGAGAUCGGUAUCCCGGACGCUGCGGGCCGGCGACAGAUUCUCGACAUCAUGCUGUCAAAGAUGCCGAAUGCGCUUUCGGCGGAGGAAAUUGCCUCGAUCGCGGCACGAACGCACGGCUAUGUCGGUGCCGACCUCGGGUCCCUUGUGCGCGAAAGCGCGUCUGCUGCUAUUCAGCGCUGGCACACGGCCGGCGGGGAAGGCAGCCCGCAGUUGACCUACGCCGACAUGCAGGCCACACUCCCCACGAUUCGACCCUCGGCGAUGCGCGAAGUGUUUGUCGAGACGCCGACGGUGCGCUGGAGCGAUAUCGGCGGGCAGGCGGAGGUCAAGCAGAAACUGCGCGAGUGCGUCGAGUGGCCGCUGACGCACGCGGACACCUUCGCCCGCCUGGGUGUCGACGCCCCCCGCGGCGUGCUUCUCUACGGCCCGCCCGGAUGCUCCAAGACGAUGACAGCCAAGGCGCUCGCUACUGAGAGUGGUAUCAACUUUAUCGCCGUCAAGGGACCGGAGCUGCUGAACAAGUACGUCGGCGAGAGCGAGCGCGCGGUGCGCGAGAUCUUCCGCAAGGCGCGAGCUGCCUCGCCGUCCAUCGUUUUCUUCGACGAGAUCGACGCCCUCGGUGCCGCCCGCGAUAUCGGCGAGGGCCACGGUGGAGUUUUGACAUCGCUCCUGAACGAGAUGGACGGUAUCGAGGCACUGUCCGGCGUCACGGUCGUUGCGGCCACGAACCGCCCCGAUGUUCUCGACGCGGCGCUCACUCGACCGGGACGUCUGGACCGUAUUCUCUACGUCGGUGCGCCGGACCUCUUGACAAGGCAGGAGAUCUUCAAGUUGCGCAUGAAGAGCAUGGCCGUCGAUCCCGAGGUUGACGUUGCCGAACUGGCCAGGAUCACCGAGGGCUGCUCGGGAGCAGAGGUCGCGAGUAUCUGCCAGGACGCGGCGCUGGCGACGAUGAACGAGGACCUCAACGCGCCCUUCGUCAAGAAGGAGCACCUGCUCAACUCGGCGCGCACGGUGCGGCGGCGCAUCACGCCCGAGAUGAUUGAGUUCUUCGAGCACUGGCGCGACCAGUCGGGUAUCCGCUCGGCGUAG